AUCGAGCAUUCCUGCUCUCGUAAGCGAAAAUGGCAAUGUUUCUACUGUAAGAAAUUCUUCGUAUGUCGCAGUGCUUACAACAACCACGAAAGAAUACACACUGGAGAAAAACCAUUUCAAUGUGACGUCUGUGGUCGAUGUUUUGGUCACCAAGGUAACCUGAAACAACACAUGCAUAUCCAUCGUGACGUUAAACCUCAUGUUUGUGACGUCUGUGGACGAGGUUUCAUCCGCUCCAACAGACUGCGAGAUCACAAGCGUUCACAUCAACAUGACCUGUUCAUGCACACACAAGUCCAAUGGUAUACGGCAAACGUGACAACAGAUAGUCGUGCUAAAGUCCGUCCAACCAAUGCAUUUGAGAAAUACGCAACAAGUGAUGAUAAUUAG